AAACAUGGCUGCGCCCAUGACCAACAAUGAAAUAAUUUACGUUCUUGAUGUUUUACGAAACUAAUAAGAUGUCCACAGAAAAGUUUCCAGUCAAAAUAACAAAUUUUCAAAAUGAUUUCUUAAUAUGGUCUGCCUCAGAUUCACGUGUAGUGAGGGAAGAGUUCCGCAUUGUUGGGACCCUAACAGGGUGUUUGCCGCGGGCUCCACAUCAAAACACACACCUUGGUCUGCCUCUGCAACUUUGUAAGGAAGAGGUCAGACUUCUCAUUGAUAAAGGAUUUGCUGAGCUAGUGGAGACUGUAUACGAAGAUGUUAAUGACACAACUAGAAAUGAGUUCAAACAGAGAGAGCAGGAGAGUUAUGAAAGACAGAUUGAUUUGUUUAAAGAGGACAGAAAGGUCGAGCUAAAGCGAUGUCUGCCCAAGAUUAUUGAGGGGAAAAAAGCAAAAAGAAAUAAACUUCUGGAUGAAAGAAAGAAGAAAGGUGAAGACAUACCAGACAGUGAGUAUGAGGCAGAGAUUCAACUAUGUGUCGAGGAUAUCGCCAUUCCCGAUAUAGAGAAGAGACACAUGAUGGUGCAGACACCCCUUGAAUGUGCUACGAAAAAGACCACCUACAAACCUGUGGACUGGGACUUUCCCCACACCGACAGCGAGAAACUCCGCUAUGCCGUAUUCAGGGAUCUUUGGGAGAGAGGACAUUUCAUAACAUCAGGACUGAAGUUUGGAGGGGACUUCCUCUCAUACCCAGGUGACCCCUCUCGGUUCCACUCAUUCUUCAUAGUUGUAUGCAGGCCGUACAGGGAACCAUUAUGUGCAGGGGAUAUUGUAACAAUGGGAAGGCUGGGAACCAGUGUUAAGAAAACUGUGGUGCUUUGUUCACUGGAUGAUGCAGGAAAAAUCUGCUAUACCUCAUUACAAUGGACUGGCAUAAGCUGAACAUGCCUGUAUUGCAAACUUUUAUAUGUUAAAAUUUGGUUUGUGUUCUGUUAGGCUUUUGAAAAUCUCUAUCCUGUGGCAAAGAUUUUCCAAAAAAUAAUAUUUGCAUGUUUACUGAAUCUGGGGUGAACAUGCUUGUAAAAAAGUUCAAGCCCACAAAUGUCAAACUUAAUUGUUCUGCUUUUUUUGCUCUGAUUCAAAGACCGGACAUAUUUAUUAUAUAUGUAUCUAAACAGUGGACUGGCAAUAAUAUAAUGAUGCUUAUUAAGAAUAACGAUUGUCAGUUUAAAAAAAAAAUCAGCAAUUUGCACGUCAAUAUUUUACAUGAUUGUCUUGAAAUUAAAACUCGAGCUGAGUCACAGUGGUAUAGGUGUAGGGUUUUUGACAGGCUUUCAAAAGGAAAGGGUGCUGCAGAAAAAGGACAGGGUCCCAAAGGAGAACAGGGCAUAUAGUGUCUGGCAGCAAAGAAUUUGAACAUAUGAUUCUGCCAAAAUCAGUAAGAAUUGUGCUUCAUUGAAGUAAUAAUGAGUUUCAAUUGCCAAAUAUGUCAGGUUUGUAUGAAUUUAUAUUAGUAUUUUAAGUUUUAAUCAAACCGAAAGAAUUUUUUGAUUAUCUUGAGCAUUCUUUGAAGGCAGGAGGGUGCCCAUGCAAGAUAAGAAGAGACUGAGAAAUUGGGGCUAGGCAUUGAGUGUGAAGAAACUGUUAUGCCGUGUUCUCUAGAUGAUGGGUUAGCUGAUCAUAUCAUAUUUUUACAAAGAUAUGAACUAUUUGGCAAACUACAAUGUAUAUGAGUUAUGUGCAUGUAUGUUAUAAAUGUAAUUAUGUACAGUUUAUUGACAUUUUUGCGAUAGUUUUUCUUACUGCAAUAAAAUACAAUU